UAUACCCGGGGAGUUCUGCAUAAGUCAAAGGAGGUAUCUAGCAAUGAUUACUGAUCGGUUCAAAAUGAACCAAAAUAAAACAAUAUGUAAUACAGACCUUUUCCUCAUUUCUUUCGUGUAAUGAAGUAAUUCAUUUGAUCGAUCUAGUAGUAAUUUGUUAUACGUUAAAUGGUCUGUGAUUAGCUAGCUGCCUUAGAUAGGUACCUCAGCUACCUAAGAUUACCUAGGACAAUAUAAUGGCAGACACCAACGGCAACGUCGCGCUCGUAAUCGGUGCGUCGAGGGGGAUAGGGAGGCAGAUUGCCGUGGACUUGGCGAAGAACGGAUAUGCUGUCGUCGUCGCAGCUAAAUCAACAAGCGACCCCCAGAGCGUCGUACCCUUCCCGCCCGACCCCAACUCGCCACAGUCCACCAUCAGCACCGUCGAGCGGGAGAUCCGCGAGGCCGGCGGCCAAGCGACCGCCAUACCGGUGGACGUGCGGGACGUCGGCAGCGUGCAGAAGCUCGUGGACAGGACCAUCGAGACCUACGGCCGCCUAGACGUGCUAAUCUACAACUCGGGCGCGAUAUGGUGGGCGUCGGUCGAGGACACGCCGGUAAAGCGGUUCCAGCUGCUGCAGCGGGUGAACCCGGAGGGCCUGUACGCGGCGGUCCAGGCGAGCCUGCCGCACCUGAAGCGGCGCGGGCGCGGGCGCGUCGUCGUCGUCAGCCCGCCCAUCUACACCCGGUUCUUUCGCGGGAAGACGGCCUACGCCAUGGGCAAGGUCGGCAUGAGCGUGCUGACCGUCGGGCUCGCCAUGGACUUCGCCAGGCAGGGGUUGAAGGACAUGGCUGUUACCAGCUUGUGGCCUGCCGUGGCCAUCGAAUCCGCCGCAACGCGCCAAAGCAGCAAUACCAACCCGUCCUCGACGCGUGACCUUCGCCGGGCGACCAUAUUCUCGGACGCCGUGCUAGCGAUCCUGCGCGCGCCCGCGGCCUCCGUUAACGGCAAGCUGGAGCUCGACGAGGACUUCCUGCGCAGCGAGGCGGGGGGCCGCGUUACCGACUUCGCCAAGUACGCCGUCGUGCCGGGUUCGCACCCCAGACGCAUCAUGCCCGCCGUCUUGCCGGACCUGUCGGUCGCCGAGCAGGGUGACGAGGGGGUGAGGAUGGAUAGCGCGGCGGAGAGGAGGAAGGGAGCGAAGUUGUAGGAGGACUUGGGUAGUCAGGGGGUGAUGUUGAUGUUGGAAUAUAUGUCUUUUUACUACGUGUAUUUAUGUGUGUGUGUGUGUAGUCUGCAUUGUCGAGUAAUAAGUCGGUGAUAGUUGAAGAAGAAGAGAAACAUAGGACAGACAUGUCGAAGUUCAUCUAGAAAUAUCAAAUAUCAGUAAAGCCAUUACAUAACCAGAACCAACACUUACUAUUGAGGCACC